UCUACGCAAAUCCACGCAAUUCUCCAUAUUCUUUCAUUGGAAUCUGUUUCACAAUUACCCACAAUCUUUGAUCUGAGUGUCAUUUUUUCUUUGUGGGAAUUUACUUGGACUCUUUUCUCUGGUGUUGAAUUGAGAAGAAUUAUUGACAGACAGUCCAAAUUUGAGGGAUUUUGAGCUGUUUCACCAUCUUUGUCUUAGGUCAGCAACAACCGGUUUCAAUCACAGCAUCUUGAACUGUGAGCUAUGGCCUCAACCCUGGAAAAUGAAGCUCAUUCCCCCAAAAAUAUAUUCAUUCUAUCUGGCCAAAGUAACAUGGCUGGUCGGGGUGGAGUAGACAAGCAUAAGCAUUGGGAUGGCGUCGUACCAAAUGAGUGCUCUCCCGAUGCUUCUAGAAUCUUCCGUCUUAGCGCAGAUCUCCACUGGGAGGGUGCACGUGAGCCGCUCCACCAUGAUAUUGACGCCAAGAAGACAUGUGGUGUUGGACCUGUAAUGUCAUUUGCAAAUGCGAUCAAGGACCGAGUAGAAGCUAUUGGGUUAGUGCCAUGUGCUGUAGGUGGAACUGCGAUAAAGGAGUGGGCGCAGGGGGAGCAUUUGUAUGAAAAUAUGGUCAAGAGAGCUAGAGUUGCCAUGCAUCAUGGAGGAGAAAUCAAGGCAUUGCUGUGGUAUCAAGGAGAGAGUGAUACAUUAUCUCAGCAUUGCGCUGAGACCUAUAAGGCUAAUAUGGAGAAGUUAAUACAUAAUGUUCGUGCUGAUUUGCAUCUUCCAGCUCUACCAAUUAUUCAGGUUGCAAUUGCAUCAGGAGAUGAGAAGUAUAUCGAAAAGAUAAGAGAAGCGCAGAAGGGGAUUGACCUCCCAAAUGUUGUAUGUGUUGGUGCCAUGGGAUUGCAGCUUAAGGAAGAUAACCUCCAUUUAACCACAGAGGCCCAAGUUAAAUUAGGCCAAAUGUUGGCCGAUGCAUACCUUACUCAUUUUGCACCACAACCACCUUCUGUGGCUUCAUCUUGAAAUCAUUUGAAAGCUUAUGCCAACCCUGAUUCAUGAACAUAACGAGAGUGCUCAUUUGACUAAAUGAAGUAUUUUAGUUUUAAGUUGACUCGUUUUCAGUCUCUCUUUCUUUACUUUAAAAUAAGACUCCUUGUUUUCGUUGUACCAGUCACAUAACAAAUUACUAUUAUAUUAAUGCAUUCAAUUUUCUGAAA